AUGGGGACUAAGUUCUUCUUUUCCACAAAUCCGUCGCGUGCCCUCAUGAGGGAUAUGCAAUCCGCCGCUUUUCUCCUUCUGGACACCUUGCAGCAGUUGAGGGAGGGGGACAUUGAGAAAUUCAAGGGCGAACUGCUCAGAUUCCCAUUCAAGGAGGGCGUCGGAAGAAUCCGCGAGGAGUUGCUCCAGGAAGCCGAUGCUGUGCAGCUCGUAGAGCUGCUGAUUGGCUUCUACGGAGAGGCUUAUGCCGUGGAGGUGACGGCCCUAGUGCUGCAGGAAAUUGACUACAAGCCGCUGGUGGAAGAUGCCUCGGUUAUCACCUGCCUAAUGCAGAUUACACAAUUAUGGCUGCUGGCCGCACUGAAUACCUUGAAGGAGUCAGAUCUGAAGAAGUUCAAGAAGGAUCUCAGCAUGUUCCCCGUCAAGGAAGGCUAUGUCAGUAUCCCCAGGAAACUGCUGAAGAAAGCAAAUGCUUGGGAGCUCACAGAACUGCUUCUUGCAUACUGUGAUGAGGAUUAUGCUGUGGAAGUGGCCUCAGAGGUGCUGAAAGCCUUUGACCGUGAGCCGGUGCCAGAAUGUCGCUCUUGUUUCACCAGGAAAGCAGCAGAGCGACUUUGUGAAAUGCAUGUUUCAAGGCACCGGUCAGCUGAAUUCUUGUCGUCAAAAAUUAAUCAAGCUCUGGAGGAACUGGUUCCAUCAGAAAAAGCCACCAAAGGGUCAUUGGAAAGAUCCACAAUCUCUAGUGAUGAGAUGAUCUGCAAGGGAAGAAAACAAUUAAUGGAAAUUCUUGAAGCGGAUAUUGAACUUUUUUUAGACGUGCUAUGCUUUUGCUAUGUCAUCACUCUGAAAGAAUACAGAGACAUUUUCAAAAUGUGGAAAAUUUUAAAGAGGAAAAGUAAAAAAUUGCUGAGUAUAAUCCAGGAAAGAGGGGAGCAAGCUUGUUGCAGGUUCCUGGAAUGCAUAGAAAUUGUACGUCCAGGUUCAGUUCUGAUUUUGCUGUGUGCAAGGCAUGGUUUCAAUCAAAUUCCAUUACCGCUACCUGGCCAUAUAGCGCCACAGUGGGAAGAAAGCAGGAAGCUGGAGAACCCAGCAGGUUCUGGGGAAAGUGUCCUGUUACCUCUCAGGGAGGUAAGAGGCUGACCUCUAUUGAUGUGCAUUUUUCACCCACAGGAAUAAGGUACACAUUGAUAUUUUUAACAUGAAGCCACUGAAUUUAAAUUUCUAGUUCCCUAAGGAUAGCAUUUAUCCCAUCCUUGGUAAUUAUUUACAUAUUUGCUAAUGGCUGGUAGUGGGAAAUAAGGCUGCAUCUAGCCAGGUGCUAAUAAUAAUAAUAAUAAUAUCUUUAUUGUCAUUGUAAUGAUGUGAUUCCAGUUUACUGUGGAAUCUUCUUGUGUCACAUUAGUUUUAAAGGGGCCCACUUGAUGUGGUCAUCCAUCUGCUAUCCUCCUAUAUUUUUCAGUGUUGUAAACAUUUUUUAUUAACACACAUUCAACUCAUGAUAGGCAUCUUCAGAUGCCACUGUGUGGACACCUGUCUCCAGAAAAUAAUUCUCUGAGUGCAUCUUGACUCCUGGUUACAUGCAUAUGUUCUAAAUUCCAGGAUACUGCUUUGCUGUUAUCCCUACUUAUCUGGAUGAUGAAUAUUAUUGAAUGUGUUUCAGUGUAAUGAGAUCUUACAAUGAGAAGGGAAAAUGUUGUAUUAAACAUACAUUUAAAAAAUAAUGCUAUUAUCAGCAAUUAAGUAA